UCACUUUUGUCCAAAUCAACCAAAAUGUCGACCGAGCGUACUUUCAUUGCUGUCAAGCCCGACGGUGUCCAGCGUGGCCUCGUUGGCGAGAUCAUUGCUCGCUUUGAGAAGAAGGGCUUCCGCCUCGUCGCCCUCAAGCUCGUCACUGCCUCGGAGGAGCUCCUCAAGCAGCACUAUGCCGACCUCGCUGGCAAGGGCUUCUUCAACGGCCUGAUUGCUUACAUGGCCUCGGGCCCCGUCGCCGCCAUGGUUUGGGAGGGCAAGGGAGUCGUCAAGACCGGCCGCAAGAUGCUCGGUGCCACCAACCCCCUCGACUCUGAGCCCGGCACCAUCCGCGGUGACUACGCCAUCGACGUCGGCCGCAACAUUUGCCACGGCUCUGACUCUGUCGAGUCCGCCACCAAGGAGAUUGCUCUCUGGUUCAAGGCUGAGGAGCUCAACGCCUACACCCAGACCAUCCGCCCCCAGGUCUACGAGAACUAAGCGCUGCUUCUCAACGAAGGCAUGACAUUUGCAAUGUCUUGAUUUCAGUUUGUUUGUGUGUGUGUGCGUCCAUUUUUUUUGUGGCGAAUCAACAUGCAGCAAAUUUUCGAUCCAAA